AUGUCGCCCCAGCUGAAGGAACUGCUUCUACCGCAGUUUGUGCAGGACCGCAAGAGCAGUGCCAUGGACGAGGCCCUGGAAGGCUGCGACCUCUCAUACGUCUACUACACCACCGACUCGUCCUCGUCGGACAUUGCUUCGCCCCUGACGCCCACCUUUUCCAACCGAGGAGGAGUCCCCCUCCGCUACUCGAGCUCGACGUCGUCUCUCGAGCUGCCAGCACUGCCGCAGGAAGGCCCUGCUUCGCCCAUUGCCCAGCAUGCCGCCGCUUCCAAGUCGAGCAUCCGCCAGCUGCCUGAUGUGCAGGAGGAGCCGCUGGAACGAGAGCAGGAAUACGAUGAGGAGGAAUACGACGAUGACGACGACAACUUGAGCGACACGUUUGGCAUGUACUGUCUAUGCGACCAAGCAUGCGAGCACCAAGAUGCCUCCCGAGAGCUUCUGCGAAACGAAAUCACGGGCGAGUAUGACAUUGACUACGACAUGGGCUUCCUCAGCGACAGCGACUUCUCCGGCGACGCGCAAUUCUCCAGGAAGAAGCGUCACAUCAGCGGCGAGGCCCUGGCCGCCCUCUCCUCGCGGAUUGGCAGCCGCUUCCCCAGCAUCGCCCGAUGGACGUCCCAGCGCAAGGCAAACAGCAUCACGGGCCUCAUGGCCUCGCCCACCACCGAGCGCAGCCUCGAAAACGUGCUCUCUGGCGCCGAGAGCAGCCGCUCGUCGUCCAUGUCGUCGCCCGCCCGCCAAUUCCCCGUCCUGCUGGACGACUCCUCGCCCAUGCCCCCGCCGGCCAUGCCCUUCUACGAGAGCACCGACAGCCUGGAUAUGCACGCGGGCGAAUUCAGCCGCGAGGAGCGGUCAGGCAUUGAGCGUGACAGGGCCAUGGCCACGACCCCCCUGCUGCCUCCGCUCAUGACCGACCCGCUCGGAAAGCCUCCGCUGCCAUUGUCUCCUCUGGAGUCGCCCAGCGUGGCUCCGUCCUCGGCCGUCACGGAGGUCCACUCGCCUCGCAUCAUCCCGACCCCGAGACAAUCCAUCGGCUCCAAGCCGUCCAUGACAUCGUUGCGCCAGGCGUCUAUUCUGACGGAGCUGCCGCUGCCGCUGCCGCCGUCCAUCCUGCUGGACCAGGACGAGUGGUCCGACCGCCUGGGCCACGCCAACUUCACCAUCAACCCCGCGCCCUACGGCAUCAGCGAGAUCAAUGCCGUCACCGUCAACAAGUUCUGCGACGACUGGGAUGCCGCGCGUGUGGCCUACACCAAGCACCUCGUUCGCACCGGCGAGCACUACGGCCAGACGAGCAAGAUCUACGCCUUGACUGAGGCCAAGUGGGCCGAGACGGAGCGCAAGUGGAAGGGUUACUACUCAGACAUUGCACGCGAGAUGCAGGUCAAUGUCAAACGCUCUUCCUCGGUGCUGUCUCGCAGCCGCAGCCGAGGCCGGGGACGCGGCCGCUCUGAGAGCGCCAACCCGGUGGGCAAAAGCCGGAGCCGCCAGGACAACGAAGACCUCCUCGUGGUCAUGGAAUGGCGGGGCAGAAAGGGCUGCUUGCCUAGCGCUGUGCCUCAGAUGCUGGAGGCCUUGGACGCUGAUGGCAAGUUUCCUCACCGCGGCGACGAGGACAUUGUCGGGCCCAUGCAUCGUGUUCCCUACAUGAAGCGGGCCCGAAGCGAGGAGAAGACGCCACGAUUCUGGAAGAACCUGGCAGAGAAGCUUCGACUCUGA